CGCAGCCUCGCUCCACCUGCAGCCAGCAGCGGCUCAGUGUCACUGGGUGAUUUCUACUGGACCAGGAAGGAGCCGCCGCCGCCGUCGCCGUAGUUCGGGCUGUAAUUUCCGCUUAUCGGUGCGGUGCCGACCCCCGGCAGCAUGGGAGUGUUCAUCCGCAUGUGUGACUCUAUGUCGUGGCCGCUCUUUCUGGAGUAGAGAGGCUCUCGCCUGCGUGUGGUGAACCCGCCUGCCGUCCUGAGCGCUGUCUGCAGCGGUAGUGUAGAUGCCUUGGCUGAGAUGAGUGUGAAGGCUUUUGAGCUUGUCCCCGCUGUGGAGCGAGAUCUCCUCAUGGGCGACAAAGCUCGCAUCAACAUAGAGUGCAUUGAAUGCUGUGGAAAGCACUUGUACGUGGGCACCAACGACUGCUUUAUCCACCACUUUCUGCUGGAUGAGGUCACAUCUUCCAAAGGGAAACUUAGUUACUCACCUCAGAAGCUGCUGCACAAAUACCUGGGCCUCAAGAAACCAGUCGCUGAGCUGCGGGCAGCUUCUGCUUUGGAGCGCCUGAUAGUACUUUGUGAUGGAAUCGUGUUCCUCGUUGACAUGGUGACAUUAGAGACUGUGCCAUCAGCUGCAGGAGGCGGAGCCAAGAUCAGAGGCGUUACAGCAUUUUGCAUUAACGAGAACCCAGUGAACGGUGAUCCCUUCUGUGUGGAAAUGGGAAUACUCUCCUCCAAGCGGCGGACAGUGCAGAUUUACAUGGUGUACGAGGACAGAGUCCAGCUGGUCAAAGAGGUGACCACUCCUGAGCAGCCGAGUGCCGUCAGUCUCGAUGGUUACUUCUUGUGCUUGGCCCUUGCUACACAAUACAUGAUCCUGAACUACAACACAGGAGCUUCUCAGGAUCUCUUCCCUUACAACAGUGAUGAGAGGAGGCCCAUUGUAAAAACGGUCGGCAGGGAGGAGUUCCUCUUAGCAGCACCUGGUGGUCUGGGAAUGUUUGCCAAUGCAGAAGGGGUAUCUCAGCGGGCUCCAGUCAACUGGUCAGAGAGCGUGAUUGGUGCCGCUGUGUGUUUUCCAUACGUGGUGGCCUUGGAUGAGAGCUUCAUCACCAUCCACAGCAUGUUGGACCAACAGUUAAAACAGACCCUUUCAUUCAGGGAUGGACACAUUCUGCAAGACUUUGAAGGGAAGGUAAUCCUGGCUUCUACUAAGGCAGUGUAUGUCCUGGUGCCUCUGCCACUGGAGAGACAGAUCCAGGACUUAUUGGCCAGUCACAGAGUGGAGGAGGCGCUCACCCUCACUGAGGGAGCACAGAGAAAUAUUCCCAAAGACAAAUUCCAGAUUUUGCACAAACGAAUCCUCCAGCAGGCGGGCUUCAUACAGUUCGGCCAACUUCAGCUUGUAGAAGCAAGAGAACACUUCAGGAAGGGUCAGCUGGACGUGCGAGAGCUGAUAUCUCUCUACCCUCUACUGCUGCCAUCUUCCUCUUCUUUCACCCGGUGCCACCCUCCUCUCCAUGAGUUUGCCGAUCUCAACCAUCUGGCACAGGGUGACCAGGAGAAAGUGCUGCGGUGCAAGAGAUUCCUCAUCAGUUAUUUGGGAGAGGUACGAAGCACAGAGGUGGCUAAUGGUUGCAGAGAGGAUGUGGACACGGCACUGUUAAAGCUGUAUGCUGAACAAGAUCACGACAGCCUUCUAGACCUGGUAGCUUCAGACAAUGCCUGCCUGCUGGCGGACAGCGUCCCAUGGCUAGAAAAAUAUCACAAAUAUUAUGCACUUGGGCUGCUCUAUCAUUAUAAUGGUCAGGAUUCAGCAGCACUUCAGUUGUGGAUUCGUGUGGAAGAUGGGGAUCUGCAAGACUCUACAAGAUCUGACCUUUAUGAGUACAUUGUGGACUUUCUCUGCUCCUGCUCCAAUCUGGACCUUGUAUGGAAGUAUGCAGACUGGGCCCUGCUGAAGAAUCCCACUAUAGGCAUCCACAUCUUUACUAAGAGACCUGUCAGUAAAGAUCUGCCACAAUUGAAUUCUGACGAUGUCAUCACUUACCUGGGAAAGCACGGCCAGGCGCUGCUCCUUUAUUUGGAGCACCUGGUGCUGGAGAGGAAGAUACAGAAAGAGAAGUUCCACACACACCUGGCUGUGUUGUACCUGCAGAGGGUCUUGUCACUGCUCUCACAGUCACCCACAGAUGAACAGCAGCUCAGCACUGCUAGAGACAGACUCCAGGCCCUACUCAGGGAGUCUAACCUCUACCGUGUACAGCUUCUUUUAGGUAAGAUGGACAACUGUGAACAACUGCUGCUAGAGCGUGCAACACUACAUGGAAAACUGGAGGAGCACGAUAAAGCUCUGCACAUACUGGUGCACAAGCUCAGAGACUUCCCUUCCGCCGAGGCCUUCUGUAUAUGGGCAUCGUCUUGUCGGGACUCCGCUUAUCAACAGCAGCUGUUUCACAUGCUCUUAGGAGUUUAUCUCGACGGGAGCCGUCCUGGAAAAUCCGAGACUGCAGCGGGAGGUGGCAGUGGAGACUUGGAGAUGGCAGCGGUUGACCUCUUAAAUCGCCACGGCGAGGUGUUCGAUGCCGCCCGUGUCCUUCGCAUGCUCCCAGAAGGCUGGUCGAUGCAGCUGCUGCGGCCCUUUCUGGGUCGAGCGGUCCGGGCCAGUAUGCACGCCUGCCGCACCUCCCAGAUUGCUCUGGGGCUUGCCCACUCUGAAAACCUUCAACUGCUGCAUGACAGGUUGAAAGAGCGUAAGAAACCCAUCUUUGUGUCUGAAAAGAAAGGAUGCCACCUGUGCCACAACACCUUCAGUGAGCCCGAUGUGGUGUGUCUGCCCGGUGGAGUGCCUGUCCACACUCACUGCGUCGCCCAGAGAGUAAGAGACUCUCCCACAAAGAGACUGUUAACUAAUAACAGUAACCAUACGUGAGACUCGAUCCUUUAACCUGUCAUGUGAUUUGCGAUCGGAUGCACCAAACUAAAGCAGGACAUGCUGAGAUUUUGGAUGGCUGAGGACUGAGGGGGUAAAAAAAAAGCACAGAGCACACUUUGCCAUUGAAGAAUAUGCUGUGGAGUUAAUGAGAGAUACAAACAGAGCUGUGUUGGCCUUUGAAUGUGUAUGUGUGUGAGGGAGAAACAGAUGAUUUCAGCUAUUUAUUCCUGUGCUUCAAUGAAACCACACUUUCAGAUUGCAAGUUUUUAUAGAAGUAAAAAAACACAACAUCUAAGUCAUCGUGCCCUUUUUAAUAUAUUAAAACAAAGACGGGCUGCUGUCCUUUUUUGUGAGUUCAGUACUGUUUCCGUCCUUGUCUUCACUCGUACAGUUUUACACCUGAAUCUGAGAAACUGCUGCAAUUACAGAAAAAUCACAAUAUUUGAAUUAUAUUGAAAUAUUAUUGAAGCAUGAACAGUAUUACCACUGGUAUAGGUCUCGGCUGAUCAACUCAUAUGGGUAACGUAUUAAUAAUGUCCUAACUUGUUCAUCGAAAUGUUAUGUUUCAGUCUCUUGCGUCUCUUCCUCUUGAGAUCUGCUCUCGGUGCUGCUUUAAUUUCUCCCUCAGCCAUUUGGGUGGUCCAUGCUAUCGUCAAAGUAUUUCUGUCAGUGACUUAACGGCAGCAGUUUAAUCCAAACCUAUUCCAUGUUGAAUCUUCUGUUGUUUGGAUUGGAGCAAAAAUAAUGUAAAACACUAAAUGAAAUCUUACAUUGGCUCCACUAAUCAUCAGUAAGUUAGAUCGGAGACUCCUAUCAAUACUCAAACUGCACCAAGGAUGACUUUGAUCGACCUUCUAAAAAAACUAAGCGCAAAUCAAAUAAACUACUGAUUUAUAUCAGUAGGUAUAUCGGUAUACACAUGGCAGUGAAUGUUACGGCUCAGUUAUAUUGGGAAAUAAUGUGAAAAUCAAGCUUCAGAUAUAUUUGUUUGAUAUUAAUUAACUGAAUAAAUCAAGAGGGAUCGUCAGUGUCGACCUGACAUCAUUGUGCUUGUUGAUACAAUGAUAUAGAUAAAGUUAAUUUGAAAACUGCUUCUGUCAACACUAAACAAAUGUCCGUCCCUGUCAAAAUGUGCAGCUGGGAAACUUCUAUAAUGUGUAGUAAAAGAGGUCAUUUGUUCCAAACAGGUGAAUAAACAUUGUCAAUCAGUGUCUGUGAGUAUUUCACUCAUUUUAUUCACAUCUUGUAAUUGGUUUUUUUUCUGUUGAGGCUGAAAAAAAAAGAAUCUGCCCACUAGAUGGCAGUACUGUAUAAUCUUAACAAAUGCAAUCAACCACAGGUAUUUAUGGAAGUGACUUCAAUGUUCUUUACUAAGAUUCUACUCAGAGAUCUGACUUUGUCUUUUUAAUGAUGGAGAAAAAUCUAUAUUUGCCUGUUUGGGACAAAUUCUCCAAAUAUGUUUACAUUUGAUUCCAUCUCUUAUCACAUACCCUGAUCGUAGUUUGAGUAAAAUUCUUUUGACAGCCUUUAGAACUGUGCUGUUAAAAAUAUCUUCCUGGAAAUCAUGAAAUAUUACAACCUCCCGCUCUAGGUGGAUGAGGAUGCAGUACUCCCACAUUCCUAAUGAAAGUAGUGAAUGAAACUGUGCAAAGACAAAAACUUUUAUCACCCACGACUUUGAUGGCCCGAGAACAUACGGCUUGAUACAUCUCAGCUUUCACAACUGUCUCCCCCCCAAGUGCUGGAGUUACGGCUUUAACCUUUUAAUCCUGACACCUCUCGCAGAGACGGAAGUCGGCCCCAUUCUAUCAUAAUGAAGCCCUAAAAUUCUUUACAGACUUGUCAUCACAAAGCACUGCUUUGUCCUUUUAGUGCUUUCCAAACGUCGUGUUCGUGUCAGAAAACAAUAAAGUGUGGCUUGGACCUCAUAAACGUUUCUUCCCCCAGACAGACAAAACUAAUGGCAGGUGCAUAAUGUGUUCGUGUUGCUAAACUGUGAGAGCAGUCAAAUCAGGUGCGUGUUCUUUAACAUCCGCUGGAGGUGAUGCUUUGUUUAAAAAAUUGUCUUAACUAUGUCAAACUAUCUCACUUUGAAGAACUGUUAUACAAGAUGGCAGAAGACGCAUGAAUUUCAUAACGUCGGGAUGAGAGGAAACCCUGAACACGGUGGUGUAAAGCUGCUAAACAUGGAAUUAAUACCUAACAUCAGUGUGGAUCCAUGUUUUCACAGAUGCUCGUUCAGAUUUCAAGUAAAAACAAUCCUCACCCUUUACACACUGUAAACUCUACAAGAAGUUUCAUCCAAUUGAGUUCUGAAAAAUACAUUUGUCAGUAUCCUUAAAUCAAAGUCUUCAUUAUUUAACUUAUAUGUGACUCUCCACUCGACAGAAACACAUCACUGUUGUGGGUUUUGCUCGUUUCCUCCAGUGCCUGUGCUGUUGAUCCUCACCUUGUGUGACUGUAAACCCAUUUCCGUUUGGGAGUUUGUGAAACAUGGGACGGUUUUUCCAUCAUGGAGAUCUGAUCUGUUGUAGAUUGUGAUUUGCUUUCCAUUCAUGACUGAAAUUCACAGCUUAUGCAGCUUCUGUCCAAACAGUUUUGAGUGUAGCUUGCUUUAAAGUCCUCCUAACAACGACUUUAAGUAAUAAUGAUUUAAAAAAAUACAGUAAAGCUCUGUAAUAAUAAUUUAAAAAAAUGCUAUUGUAUUUUAUAAAUAUAUGUAUACUGGUAUGUAUAUACUGCAUUUGUACUUGUUGCUUUCUUAAUCAAUGCCAAUGUGGAUGGAUGUGUACAAACUGUGAAUCUGUCCCAUUUUAAUAAA